UUCUGCAGUGGUUCGGGUUACCCCAGAACGUUGCGGGUGGGAGGCCAGCGUUGAGGCCAGGCGGUAUUACCUGCACUUUACAGAUGAGGAGACGUGGCCAGAAUUGCACACUCAGGUCACGGACGGGCAGAGCUCCUCUGCAUGAGGCCCUCGGCCGGCUUCCGCUGGCCUGCAGCCCUGGCCAGGAUCUGCGUCGCGCCGCGGGGCCUCUGGCCUCGGGAGAAGCGGGCGCUGCUCGCCCCGCCGGCGGCGGUCCCCAUGGUCCCGGCGGCGGGCAGGAAGGAGUGCCCCGCUUCGCCUCCCCUGGAUGAGACGGAACUUGAAGAGCAGUUUGUGAAAGGGCACGGCCCCGGGGGCCAGGCCACCAACAAAACCAGCAACUGUGUGGUGCUGAAGCAUGUCCCCUCGGGCAUCGUCGUCAAGUGCCAUCAGACAAGAUCGGUUGAUCAGAACAGAAAGCUUGCUCGGAAAAUCCUACAAGAGAAAGUGGAUAUUUUCUACAAUGGUGAAAACAGUCUUGUUUACAAAGAAAAACAGGAGGCAGAGAGGAAAAAGCAAGAGAGGAAAAAAAGAGCAAAGGAAACCCUAGAAAAAAAGAAGCUCCUGAAAGAACUCUGGGAAUCCAGUAAAAACGUCCACUGAGAAAGAAUCGAAGAUGCUUUUCUGUUGUUGUCUUGUUGUUUUUAAGAUCUCUUCAUCCAACGUGGGGCUUUAACUGACAAUCCUGAUCCUGAGAUAAGAGUCACACGCUCUUCUGACUGAGCCAGCCAGGCACCCCGGAAAGAAUCGCAGAUUCUAACUAAAGAACCU